AUGGCGUUAUCAUCGCACGCUGUUUUGUGGAGCCGUUUAGGCCGAAGGGCAGCUAAUGUUCUGUUUACUGGUAAACGAGCAGCAACAGCGACAGAAGCGCUCAGCUGGAGAUGUUAUGUCUCCAUCAGCCAACGAAACCAGUUGCAGUUUAAACUGGAUGAGCGCACGGCACACAGCAGUCUCGAUCUCUUUAAGAAAGACACAGGUGUGAUUUACCGAAUGCUGGGCCUGGACCCGAGCUGUGUACAAGACUCCCCUUUACGUUUCCAGGACUGGGCCAUUGUGUUUGCUGACAGCCAUAUUGAAUCUGGACGCCACUACUGGGAGGUUACUGUUAAAAAGUCUCAGGAAUUUCGCAUUGGAGUGGCUGAAACGGCGAUGUCUCGUGAUGAGUGCAUUGGAACAAACUCGUCCUCCUGGGUCUUCUCUUAUGUGCAAAGAAAGUGGUAUGCCAUGACCACUAACAAGCAGGUUCCUGUGUCACUGGUGGGGAAGCCGGAUCUAGUCGGGCUGCUCGUGGACUUUGAGGCUGGUCAGCUCAGCCUAGUGGAUCCCCAGGCUGGCAAGGUGGUGCACACGAUAAAAACGUGUUUUAAUUCACCAAUCUGUCCAGCGUUUGGUCUGUGGGAUGGAGAAAUCGUCACACACUCUGGGUUAGAGGUGCCACAAGGGAUUUAAAAGAGCACACACACAAACCUUCCCUGCCGUAUACUGGAUCUGUAAGGCAAUAAGAAAAGGUUUGGUUCCAAAUAAAAAGCAGUGUGCCAUAAGUCCUCAUUGUACUGAACUAACCAUGGGCUGAAAUUAAGCAGUCUAGCUUUUGUUACCUCUUAAAACACAUACAAUAUGUGGCAAUACACUAUUCGACAGUGUGUAAAUGACUUAAAAUGAUGAGAAAGUAGCAGUGGGCAAUAUGGCAGAAGUGUAGGGAUGCACUAAUCCUUUGCAUCAAGUUUUGUCAUUCUGUAAGUGUAUCAUCCUAAUUAGGGUUAUGGUGGAUCAGACACUGUAAAGUGCAUUACACACCUAUGAGCAGUUUAGAUCAGCUAAUUCACCUUGUGCAUCUUUGAAUUGUAGAAGGAAGCCAAGGUAUAUGGAGGAAACACCUAGGAGAACUUUUAACCCAGAACCAUGAUGCUGUGUGGCACAACUUGCUGUGCCACUGUGCUGUCCAAAUUGUCACAUUUUUUUUUUUCUGUUUAUGCAUUUUGUCCCAUUUUCUUGCAAUUUAGCAUGGUCAAUUUGUCUUCCGCUGCUGGGGGAUCCCUGAUUCCAGUCAAGGUGGGUAUAUUGCUGCUCAUGCCUCUUCCGGCCCGCGUGCAGCCCUUAGCGGAAUCCUUUUUCAUCCAUGCACUCUGCACAGGUGCCUCUUUUUCUGCUAAUCAGGGUCCUUACACAGCGUUUGAAGACCCCAUCCACAUAGUUUGGUCGUCCUAGCAGAGACGUGUCUGCUGACGGGAACUGCCAGUUAUGCCCGCUAGAUGGCGCCCAGCCGACCGGUGGCAACCCAGAGUUUCAAACCGAGGAGUUUAUCCUGCUGUGCCACCUGGGCGCUGACUCUUUUUUUUUUUUUUAGAAUGUUAACUUUAACACUCAGAUAGUGCAGUGGUGGGCUGUUACAUUAGCCCACUACUGCUGAGAUUCAGGUUAGAAUGUCAGUGGUGCUAUCAGCUGUCUACACUACCAUGAUUGACUACGUCCAAGAGAGGGAGAGGGGAAUUGGUCGAAGCCCUGCAAAGGAUUGGCGCCCUGUCCUGGGUAUUCUGGGUCUUUCGACCCCACUGAAAACAUGUAUAAGCUUUUACAACUUAUUGUCAUAUAUAAAGUUUUUAAAGGGACUCUUUCAUCUGUUUUGAAUAAUAAUAAACAUAAUAAAAAAUAAACCUGUAAUGUGAAUUGGAAUUGUAAAUGUACAUUUCAUACUAUGUAAUGUUAAAUAAAAAAGAGUACAUAGCA